AUGUCGCAAACCGCCUUGCGAAUAGCAGUGUUCUCAAGACCGCCAGAAGUGUAUUUGAAUGGGGGCAACCCGUCGAUUGGCUUCCUGGAACUCGUCAACUCACUGCAUUCGCGAGCAGAUGGGUUCCUCGAGCAGCUUGAGUCAGCAACUGACGAUUUUGUUCCUUGGGCCCCAGAUUUCACGUUCUUCAGCCCUGAUCUUAUCGCUGGUGAGGUCAAUCUAUCGAAACUCUAUGCCCAGAGUUUUCCCGCUCCAACCAAGCUCUCGUUCCGCCAGACCGACCAGGUGGAUGACCACGCUGAGCAAGUGCACGAGUUUCUGCUGCGCAACGCCGAUCUGAUAGUCGGUUCGUUGAAGGCCGGUCCCAAACCGCUCGAGGAGCUGCUGCGGCUGGAGGGACUGGUCUACGAGGGGGCGGAAGGGCUUGCCGACUUCACGGGUGUCUACUCCUACCCCGAGGUCUUCGAGGUGGGCGAGCAAAGUAUUCGCGUCGUGCAUCAGGACGAGCUGAUCGAAGUAUCUCCGGACAGCUCUGUUCUGGUCACCAGCAAUCCGAUUCUGUCUCUGGAGGUAGCUGAUGUCCCUAUAGGCUGCGGCCGCUCAAGA